GCUGCAGCUCCCACCCAGAGCACUGUGGGGCUUUAUAUCUCGCCGAAGAGCGUCUUGACGGGACACGUGGCUGCUGAUGGACGCCCCGAUGGCCGGUGCAGGGAUUCGACCUGUGCAUUGCCAUUUAGUGGGUUAGUGUGUUGCAGACUCACCGCUGCCCACUUAGUGUAUGCCUGCGCAUUUUGAUGUUACGCCAUAGUAGCAGCUUGAUUGAUAUCUCGCGCUAUUAGAACCACCGUGACAGCUUGGCGUGUCUCUCUUCCCUAACUGCUGCACCCUCUUUUCUCUGGUGAGGUUUCAAAGUUAGUCUCUCUCGCACCUGCUGUGCAGGAGCUGGUUAAUGAGCACAGGUGCCGGCUGUCAGGGCGUCGACGAGCCCAUUUCGAUGCGAACGCGUGGCACUAACCUGGGAGGCCUCCUGCAGCCGUGGCAAGGGAUACAACCAGAUCCAGAACUUGGGAGUGCUCCCUCGCUGAACCCUGGCUUCGGGUAAUGUGUUUGUGGUGAGUUUGGCAUUUGCUGACCUUGUGGUAGCCUUUUACCCCUACCCCCUGGUUCUCUAUGCUCUCUUCCAUGACGGAUGGGCGCUGGGAAACACACAAUGCAUGGUCAGUGGUUUCCUUAUGGGGCUGAGUGUCAUCGGUUCCAUUUUCAACAUCACUGGGAUUGCAGUGAACAGAUACUGCUACAUCUGUCACUCAUUCUCCUACAGUCGGCUGUACAGCUAUCGCAACACUCUUCUGUUUGUUGCCUUAAUUUGGCUGCUAACAGUAGUGGCCAUUGUCCCCAAUUUCUUCGUCGGUUCCCUGCGCUACGACCCGCGGGUCUACUCCUGCACCUUCGCCCAGAAUGUCAGCAGCUCCUACACAGUGGCGGUAGUGGUGGUUCACUUCCUGGUUCCCAUUGCAGUAGUUACCUUCUGUUACCUCCGCAUCUGGGUACUUGUGAUUCAGGUGCGACGUAAAGUUAAGACUGAGGAGAGCCCUCGCCUCAGACCAAGUGACUUGCGGAAUUUCAUCACCAUGUUUGUGGUCUUUGUGCUGUUUGCCAUCUGCUGGGCCCCACUUAACCUGAUUGGCCUGGCGGUGGCGAUAGAUCCGUCCCGCGUGGCCCCCCGUAUCCCCGAGUGGCUUUUUGUGGUCAGCUACUUCAUGGCCUACUUCAAUAGCUGUCUGAAUGCCAUCAUCUAUGGCUUACUCAACAGGAACUUCAGGAACGAGUACAAACGCAUUGUCACCUCGGUCUGGGUGACCCGGCUUUUUGUGACGGAGACUUCACGAGCCGCCACGGACGGCAGGAGCAUGAAGAGCAAGCAGUCGCCGCCACACAACAACAACGAGUCCCUCAGAGAUCGCAUAAACAAAGAAUGAUAUCUGGAUCCUUACAUGGUAACGCCUGUUUUUUCGUGACAUCGAGACGGCUGUGCAGCUAAGCAGUGUCAAGUAACAGAUGAAACUGGAACACAUGGCUUGCUUUUCUAUUGGCAUGACAUCAGUCAUCAGCGUGCGGGUGAACAUGUUUACAUGUGUAGAUGUUUUUAAUUUUUAAAGUUUGGAGAAAGUUAAGAAGAAUUAAAGAAUGAUGGUAUAUAUAA